AUGGCACACGCUCGUAUCUCAGCCAGCCUGCCCCCGGAUAUAGAUCCCACGAAAGCUCCAGUUGCGUUUGGGGAGAGGGCCCUUCCCAAGCUGAACGAGCAGCUACAGUCCCCUGAGCUGCUGACGCGGCAGCGGGCGCUGAUGGCCCUCUGCGAUCUGGUCCACGACCCAGAAAACGUCUACCAGGCGAUAGACCUAGGAUUCUUGGAUAACCUGAAGGCUUUGCUGCUUGAUCAUGACAGUACUGUCCGACAAAAAUCAACAGAAGUCCUCUACAUAAUGGCUAUGCAUAAUGUUGGCAGGCAUGGGUUUAUACAAAAUGGAGUAAUUUCUGCCCUGGCUCAGCUGUUGGAUGAUCCAGUAGAUAUCUGUCGGAAGAACAUACAUCAGACUUUUGAAAUGAUGGCAAAAUUACCUGAAGGGGCUGUAGGCAUACUGCAAGCCGGCUUGAUUCCCUCACUUGUAUUUAAAUUGAAGACUGAAUUGGAUGAAAUCCAGGAGCUAAUCCUAGACACACUCGCCAACUGUCUGUGCGUGGAGGCUUUUGAAGCUCUAGCAAGUGGUGCCAUUACCAUCCUGAAGCAAAAGCUCACACAUUCAUCAGCAGCCAUCAGAAGCAAAGCAGCUUGGGUCCUGUUAGGCAUCAGUAUCCAUCCAGAGGGAAAAAACAUGGUAUGUGAAGAAGACGUUAUUCCUGUGCUGGUGAGCCUGUUAGAAGAUGCAGAGCCUGAAGUCCAAGCCAGUGCAACAGGAGCACUGAUGUUUGCUACCGUUACACCUCAGGGGAAAUACUUAGCUCUAGGUGCUGAAGCCAUUCCACUUUUACUGAAGUUGGUUGCUGGGGAAACCAGCAAAGCCCGCCUGAGCGCGAUCAAAACCCUCACCAUGCUGGCUGAGUUACCCGAGGGCCGCAAGACACUCCUAGAUCACGUAGACACGUUUCAGCAGUGUCUGAAUGACCCCUCUGAGGCGGUGAAAAACGCAGCCAACAUUGCCAUCCGAGUCAUCAAGUGGAAACCUUUCUGA